AUGAGCAAAAAACAGAAGGCGCAGCAGGAACUCUUGCGCCAACGUCAAGCACAGCUUCUCCCACAAGAAGCUCCACGCCUACCGUCUCACUCUCCGCUCCCAACUAUAAACACCUUUGGAGGUGAAGAAGCUCGUCCUGAUUCUGUCGCCAUCGCUACCGGUCAAUUUGAACCACAACAAAACGCGCGCCGUACAACAUCUCAAGGUUCUCUACAUCAUAGAAGCAUGAAUUUCAGUCGCGUCAGUCCUGUCCCGAAUCCGAUCAGGCCUCCGCCUAUUCCUGGAAGCAAUGGAGAGUACGUAGAUCCGUACCCCAGGACUGAAAGUAUGACGCAUCGCGGUCGCUACAGCUAUGCUAGUAGUACCAUGUCGUCCAUCAAUAGUCCUCGGCGCGUGCGUAGACGUAAAGAUCCAACACCCUUCAACAUUUUGGUCAUUGGCGCGAAGAAUUCUGGAAAGACGUCCUUCAUCAAUUUCCUACGAACUGCUUUGGCUUUGCCAGCAAACAAACGUCAACAAAGCCCCCCGCAGCACCCCAGACAGCCCGAAUCGGUCAUUGACUCUCCAUUCACGUCCGAAUACCUCGAGACUGAGAUUGAUCAUGAAAGAGUUGGCAUUACGAUCUGGGAUUCGCAAGGUCUGGAGAAGAAUAUUGUUGAUCUUCAACUGAGAGAGAUGGCUACUUUCCUCGAGGGUAAGUUUGAAGAAACUUUUGCUGAGGAACAAAAAGUAGUCCGUGCUCUUGGUGUAUGGGACACCUACAUUCACUGCGCCUUCCUGGUUCUCGAUCCAGUGAGACUGGAUGCGAAUCUGUCGGCUGCGGCUCGUAGCGCAAAGACCGGCAACAAGAGCUCUCUUGAGCAAAAGCUUAUUGGUGGCCUUGAUGACGACCUAGACCUCCAGAUUCUUCGGACUCUACAGGGUAAGACCACUGUGAUUCCAGUCAUCAGUAAGGCGGACACGAUUACGACGAAGCAUAUGGCACGCUUGAAGAAGGUCGUCUGGGACAGUCUGAAGCAGGCAAAGCUGGAUCCGCUGGAGGCACUCGACCUAGACGAAUCGGACUCGGAGGCCCUUGAUGAGCGUGAUGAAGACGACGCUGUGCAUUCCGACAAGGAGGACGAGGAGAAGUCCUCAGUGUUGAACAACUUGAAGGAAGGCGACUCUUCCGAUGAGACGGACACAAACUCCGACAAGGCCUCUACCAGCCCCUCAUCCCCACCUCGUCCAUCUCCCGACGCUAAAAGGCCCACUCACACGCGUAAAGCGUCCGCUAUGUCUGCAACUAUCGCGUCUAGCCCUUCCAAGGAUGAUGCCGAGCUGCCAUACCUCCCAAUGUCCAUCAUAUCGCCGGACAUUUAUGAGCCUGAGGUUAUUGGUCGCCAAUUUCCGUGGGGCUUCGCAGAUCCAUACAAUGUUGAACACUGCGACUUCAUCCGAUUGAAGGAGAGUAUCUUUCGCGAAUGGCGGACUGAACUGAGGGCCGCAAGUCGUGAACGCUGGUAUGAAGAUUGGAGAACGAGCAGGCUCAACCGGAGCGGCGACCCACAACAGCGUCGUGUCAAGACUGGCGAUGGCAAAAGACGGGGUCCUAGCCCUGGUAGUCUCAUGCCCCUUCCGAAUGGUGCAGUUCGCGCAACGAGCGCUGGCGGUUAUUCUUCCGAGAAUACCAAACCACAAUACCAGCCAUACCGACCCCCUGUUCAGAACCAGUUUUAA